CCAGCCGCCAGCCUCCCGUCCCGUCCCUGCUCGGCGGCAAGCAAGGGUGCCAGGCUGCCAUCAACAACAAUCAAGCUAGGGUUCUUCCCGGCGGCGGCUAGCCGGCUACCGCUCUUCGCCCGACUUCAAUUUCUUUAAACCCUUGGCCACUGCGCCGACGGCAACAGGGGAGGCACACCCCCGACGAUCGCUGCUCAUUCCACCCCAAACUUUGGGCCUCCGUAACACUUCCAUCUGCUACUGAGGGGAGCGGCUCCGGGUUCCCCAGGAUGUCGUUCCGAGGCCGUGGAGGGAGGGGAGGGGGAGGCAGAGGUGGCCGUGGCGGGAGAGGCUACGGAGCCUCCAUUUAUUUCCCAGUGAAGCACAGCCCCCACGAGGACUUCCCGGAGAUCACCCUGCCGCCGGUGAUGAAGUUCGCCGAGAUGACCAACGGGGUGGAGAAGGAGAUUAAGCUGACCAACAAGGAGGCGGCUCUGAUACAUUCCAACCAGAAUUUCGAGGAGUUCAUGAGGAAUUCUUGCUACCACCUAGAGCUGGAUGCCCCCAGGAAAAAAAAUGAUGGCAAGGAGAUCAAAAGAUUUUCGGACAGGAAGCCCAAAACAUACAGCAAACGUGAACCCCUGAAAUCAUACCUCAAACUGACUCCUGGAAACUUUCCUGCGGAACUGCUGGAUGGUUUUAAACAGCUGCAACCAAGCAACAAAAAACGUCGGUGGGAUAAUGUUUCAGUUGGGCAGGCGUUUGAAGCAUUUGAGAAGCUUGAAGAGAAGCACAACAAGGAUGGGGAAAGCAAGGUCGAAAUGGAUGGCGAAGAGGAGGAUGUCGAGGACGAGGAGGAAGUAGAAGAGGAAGAAAGUUCAGAUGACGAUUAUAACCAGGGUAUCGAGUUUGAUGAUGACGACGAUGAUUGGAACCAAGAGGAGGAAGCCCAUGAAGAUUGCUAUGACUAAGCACCGCUGGCCUCUGAAGGGGUUAACGGUGUCACUGGUGUCCCUGGAUCAGAUCUUCCACAUAGCGCAUUAAAUUAAGACUAUAUACUGUAUAUAGUACUCCCUCGAAUCCAUAAUUACUGUCGGGGAUUUUGUACUUAUUUUUUUGGAUCGGCGGGAGUAGCCUAGAUUAAAAUUACCAGAUCAGUGGGUUUUGAUUAUUUGUUCUUUUUUGCUUGCUGGUUCUUCGUUCAGUUGGGUUGAAGGAUAUAU